CUUUCCUUCUCUUUUUUGUUUUCCGCAGCAGCUCGAGCGAGGAGAGAAGAGAGGGAAAGGGGAAAAAAAACGAUUACAGAGCUGGAGAUUUCCAGAGAGACGAGGCGCAAAAUGGGAAAAUACAUGAAGAAAUGCAAGGGAAUUGGAGAGGUUGCGGUCAUGGAGGUCUCUUCCGUCGGCGUACGGACGCGCGCUCGAGCCCUCGCCCUCGCUACUGCCACGAAGCGGCGAAGACCCGUUUCCGGUGAAUUCCGUACACGAAGACUGCUGGAACGCGCGUCCCAAUUGCGGAGGUCGUCGAAUUCCGGCAGGAUUCCUGCCGAUCGGUGCCCUAGCCCUGACCGUGUCGCUGUAUCUCGGUGCUCCAGCAACGGAUCGAGCGAGCUCGUGAACGAGUGGUUUAGAUCUUCAGAUCCAGAGGGUUUUGGAAACGCGACGGAUUUCGACAGCAGAGAGAGAGAGACUACUCCUAGUAAUCUUCGAUCCGAAUCUGACGAUCUGGAAUCAACGGCGAGGCUAUCUGAGACGAAUUCCCGCCGAAAAUCGUCGGCUGAGAAGAUUCCGUCAGAAGCGGAGAUCGAGGCGUUCUUCUCGGCCGCGGAGAAAACCGAGCUGAAGCGAUUUGCAGAAAGGUAUAAUUAUGAUGUGUUGAAGGAUGUUCCGUUGGAGGGACGAUACGAGUGGGUCAAAUUGAAAUGAUGACAGUAUUCAAGAAGGGCAUUUUCGGUAUUUUUCCUUUUUUCUUUUUUCCCUUCUUUCUGUACAGCUAGCUGCUGCAGUUGUGUAAGAAGCUUUGUUUUCUGUACGAUAUACGGAGAAGCUUCUGGUGUAAAUCCCUUUGGGGAAGAACGGUUGAAUAAACCUUCAGUUAGCUUUAUUCGUUCA